CGGCCGAGCCGGAGGAGGAGCGACAGAGAGAGACUCGACCCUGGAGACGUCGGGCCAGCACUCGGACCUGGCGCCGCUGCUGCUGGCUGAGAGACGCACGGCGCGGUGCGGGACACCCGGGACUCCUGGGACACGGACGCGGCCAUGGACGGUGUGUAUGGAUGGGGCCUGCCCCCAAUCAACCCAGUGCAAACAGCAAACCCCUACAUCGAGAUCAUCGAGCAGCCGAAGGCGAGGGGGAUGAGGUUCAGGUAUAAGUGUGAGGGCCGUUCGGCCGGCAGCAUUUCUGGAGAAAAAAGCAACGACACCACCAAGACCUAUCCAGCCAUCAAGGUGCACAACUACAGCGGACCCAUGCGCGUCCGCAUCUCGCUGGUGACGAAGAACCCGCCGUACAAGCCUCACCCCCACGAGCUGGUGGGAAAAGACUGUAAACACGGCUACUACGAGGCCGACCUGCAGGAGAGACGGAUACACAGUUUUCAGAACCUGGGCAUACAGUGUGUGAAGAAGAAGGAUGUGAAUGAGGCCAUCACUUGUCGACUGCAAACCAAUAAUAACCCCUUCAACAUUCCUGAGCCCAAGGUGUGGGAGGAGGAGUUUGACCUGAAUUCAGUGCGGCUUUGCUUUCAGGCCUCCAUCACCCUGCCAGCAGGGGACGUCUUCCCUCUGGAGCCUGUGGUGUCACAGCCCAUCUACGACAACCGGGCUCCAAACACAGCUGAGUUGAAAAUCUGCAGAGUAAACCGCAACUCUGGAAGCUGCAAAGGAGGGGAUGAAAUCUUUCUACUGUGUGAUAAAGUGCAGAAAGAGGACAUCGAGGUGCGUUUCUUCCAGGACUCCUGGGAGGGGAAGGGCACGUUUUCCCAGGCCGACGUCCACAGGCAGGUGGCCAUCGUCUUCCGCACGCCGCCCUACCGGGACGCUAACCUCGGCGAGCCCGUGAAGGUCAAGAUGCAGCUCCGGCGGCCGUCCGACCGCGAGGUGAGCGAGCCCAUGGACUUCCAGUACCUACCGGUCGACACAGAUGAAUACAGGUUGAGUGAGAAGAGAAAGCGCACAGGAGACAUGUUCCAGAGCUUGAAGCUGGGGCCUAUGCUGUCCACCGUGUCCAUACCGCAAGACAGGCGGCACAUGAACUUUGCGAGGAGAACAGUCCCAGCCAAGCCUCCGUCCAUGAACGUGCAAACAGCAGCUGAGCUGCCCCGCGGCGCCGCCGGCCCAAAGCCCCAGCCCUCCUACUCGUACGCUCAGCCCGGCCAGCUCUUCUCCGUUCAGACCAAGGUGGAGCCGUCCUCCUCCGUCUCCACGGGAACCACCAACCAGACCUGGAAGAUCAUGGAGAACCUGAAGCUGGGUCCCCAGCCCAAGGCCAACCCAGUGGCCUUCACCAUGAGUGCUGCCUCCUCCUCCUCCUCCUCCUCCUCCGCCGCCGUCAACCCCGCGGCCAGCCAGGACUAUUCAACCGUCAACCUGGCAGACCUGCACGAGUUCUUCCCCAACAUCUCCUCGGCCAUGGCCCAGGAGCCGGCGGCGGCUCAGGGGAGCGCGCCCUCCUCGCAGGCCGCCGGCUCCUUCUCCCUGCAGGGCUCACAGUUCCGGGUGGACGCCCCGCUCGGAGACGAGGACAUCCCGGAGUUCCCGAGCUUCCCCGAAGCCCAGGUCCCGCUGGAACACCUCAACAUGGAUGACUUUGAAGACCUUCUGAACGCCCGCCUCACCGGCGAGGGCGGGAGCGGCAUGUUGACCUCCUGCCAACAGACGGGCCUCCCCGGCUCCAGCGCCGCCGGCCAGAACAGUGCGGCGGCCCACAACCCCUCGGACCCGGCCGGCAUCCCGGGCAGCACCUGGAUGAAUUACCCCAACAGCAUCGUUAACCUGCUCCAGAACGAGAACAUGAUCGACACGGCGCCCAGCAACAAUAACAAUCGCCCCGGGGUCCUGGACGUCUUUGAUGAUCUGAUGUCGGCUGAUGAAGAACGUCUCAUUUCCAUUUUAAUAAUGGAAGCCAUGCUGGGUUUGUGUCAGGACAUCCCACCUAAAGCUGCAUCAGAUCCCAGUCACAAAGACCUCUUGUAUCCGCCCCUUUACCCUUAAAGGGAAAGUUCGGUUUUUUACAACCUGGACCUUAUUUCUGGCAUUUUUUAUGGUCGUAUACUCACCCAGAGGUGUUUGGUGUCAUUUGGAGUCCUUCGGAAGAUAUUAGGAGUUUUUU